AGGGAGGAAGCAGAGGGCGAUCACUCGGUCCAGCACUCAGCAGCAUCAUGGCACCUAUCGGAUUAAAGGCGGUGGUCGGCGAAAAGAUUAUGAAUGAUGUAAUCAAGAAGGUGAAGAAGAAGGGAGAAUGGAAGGCUCUGAUUGUUGACCAGCUGAGCAUGAGGAUGUUGUCGUCCUGCUGCAAGAUGACAGACAUCAUGACAGAGGGCAUCACCAUUGUGGAGGACAUCAACAAGCGACGAGAGCCUCUUCCCAGCCUGGAGGCCAUUUACCUGAUUACACCCACAGAAAAGUCUGUCCACACCCUCAUCACAGACUUCAAAGACCCUCAUUCAGCUAAAUACAAGGCAGCCCAUGUUUUCUUCACUGACUCCUGCCCUGAUCCUCUGUUCAACGAGCUGGUGAAGAGCCGCGCUUCCAAAACCAUAAAGACUCUGACGGAGAUCAACAUUGCAUUCUUACCCUACGAGUCUCAGGUGUACUCUCUGGACAAUCCAGAUGCCUUCCACAGUUUCUACAGCCCCCAUAAGACCCAGCUGAAGAACCCGGUGAUGGAGAGGCUGGCUGAGCAGCUGGCCACGCUCUGUGCCACCCUGAAGGAGUACCCUGCUGUCAGAUACCGAGGGGAGUACAAGGACAACGCCACCCUGGCCCAGCUGGUUCAAGACAAACUGGACGCCUACAAGGCUGAUGACCCCACCAUGGGGGAGGGUCCAGAUAAGGCUCGCUCACAGCUGAUCAUCCUGGACAGGGCGUUUGACCCUGUCUCACCUGUCCUGCAUGAGCUCACCUUCCAGGCCAUGGGCUACGACCUGCUGCCCAUCGAAAACGACGUCUACAAGUAUGAGACCAGCGGCAUCGGAGACUCUCGCGAGAAAGAGGUACUGCUGCAUGAAGACGAUGACCUGUGGGUGAGCCUGAGACACAAACACAUAGCUGAGGUGUCCCAGGAAGUGACACGCCAGCUGAAGGAGUUUUCUUCCAGCAAGAGGAUGAACACUGGAGAGAAGACUACAAUGAGGGAUCUGUCCCAGAUGCUGAAGAAGAUGCCUCAGUACCAGAAGGAGCUCAGCAAGUACUCCACUCACUUGCAGCUGGCUGAGGACUGUAUGAAGCAUUACCAGGGAACAGUGGACAAGCUGUGCCGUGUGGAACAGGAUUUGGCUAUGGGAACAGACGCGGAGGGAGAGAAGAUCAAAGACCCCAUGAGGGCCAUUGUGCCCAUCCUGCUGGACGCCAACGUCAGCACAUAUGACAAGAUCCGCAUCAUCCUGCUCUACAUUUUCCUCAAGAAUGGCAUUACGGAGGAGAAUCUGAACAAGCUGAUCCAGCACGCUCAGAUCCCCCCUGAGGACAGUGAGAUCAUCACCAACAUGGCUCACCUGGGCGUUCCCAUCAUCACAGACUCCACCCUCCGUCGAGGAAAGAAGCUGGACAGGAAGGAGCGUGUGAGCGAGCAGACCUACCAGCUGUCCCGCUGGACACCACUGGUCAAGGACAUCAUGGAGGAUGCUAUUGAUGAUAAACUGGACACCAAGCACUACCCCUACAUCUCCACCCGCUCCUCUGCCUCUUUCAGCACCACUGCAGUCAGUGCUCGGUACGGCCACUGGCACAAGAAUAAGACACCUGGAGAGUACCGCACCGGUCCACGUGUCAUGGUCUUCAUCAUUGGCGGCGUGUCCUUCAGUGAGAUGCGCUGCGCCUACGAGGUCACACAGGCCAAUGGGAAAUGGGAAGCCAUCAUUGGUUCCACCCACACGCUCACCCCCACCAAAUUCUUAUCGGACCUGCAGCACCCCGACUUCCGAGAAUCCACUAGGGUGUCCUUUGAGGACGCAGACGCCUCAGCCGAGUGAGGCAGAGACAGAUUGGGAGGGAGGGAGAGAGAAAUCACACUGAAAAAAGAUCGACCCACAUCUUCACCCCCACCAGCCUGCUGGAGCAGCUCAAGGCAAUGAACAAACCAGACGAGGAAGUGACAAGCUAAAAUCCUCCAAUCAC